CAAACAUAUUAUUAGCAACUCAACAGGUUCAUACUGUGUAUAUACGUUAGGAGCCCCACAAAUUAAAUGCAGACAUCAAUUCACACUUGAACUUACUGUAGCAAUGAAUAAUAAAGAGGAUAUUGAUGCCAUUACUGAAUGGUUGGACAACUGGGUGAGAUUGAUAAAUGAUGAGAAAGAUGCUGCCAAGAUAGCUGAUGGUUACACAGAGGACUGUAUUAUUAUGGUACCAAACAUGCCAAACAGAUUUGGCAGGGCAGCUGCUCGUGAAGCCAUGCAAGGUAUCAUAGACAGUGGAUUGAAAUACAAACAUGGCAAACGUAUAAUAGAAACUGAUGGUAACCUAGGCACAGAUCUGACUUACAUCCAUACUGAGACUGCUGAUGGAAAAAUUGUAGAAACGGGAAGGUCACAUUGUGUGUGGAAGAAGAUAGAUGGUGUUUGGUACUGUCAUAGGGACGCCUGGAGCCCAUGCCCUCAUUGAUACAGUUGGAAAUAGGCUACAAUAAAAUUACAUUGGACAUUGCACUGGAACCCUGCAUUUGAAGGAUGAUAGAGAGACUCAGAAAAUAGUUUAAUAAGCAUUU